UUGAAAGGAUUAAGAAAUAUAAAAUAAAACAAUGGAGUUUAAUACUGACCUCAAUAGCGGGAUAAAUUUGGAGAAACAGAGUCAUUUUAUGGCACAUGAUGAGAUCAGUCCUAUUACAAGACCUGUUGAGAGAAAAGAAGAGCAACCAGAAGUUAACCCAAAAAUCAAUUCAAAAAUUCUUCCUAUAAAACGUCAGAAAUUUCUCCAGCCAUACAGACCGUAUAAAAUUCCAAAAUACACGAAAGAGCUUAACAGUCCUUUACUAAAUAAACCAAUUGGAGAGCUUCUAAAGGAAAGAAGAAUCCAAGGAGCUCGUUUAAGAAUAACUAGUAAAGGAGAAGAAGAGUUUAAAGGCAGUAUUUCUACUUCAAGAGGAAGGAAGGAGUAUCAGGGGCAGACUGAGAGUAGUUUUAAGAGGUUUUUGGAUGUUAGGAAUGGGAAUUAAUCGAUUUGGAAGUGAAACUAACAGAAGAUAUAAAAAGAAUCCUGGAGUUUUGUCUCGGAUAGAACAAAUGGGAGAAAUAUACAAACAAGGCUCAUCUAAUUUCCUAUCACAUGUUUCUAUGGUGCUAAAAGGAAGCUCCAAGCUAAAAUCCUCACCUUCAAUUUCUCGCGAAUCUCCAAAAAGAACUUUCUGUAGACGGUCAAAGAUGGAAAGCAUCAGAAAGCUGAUCAAGAAUCAUCCUUACAAGGUAAAACUACGAAAGGCUAGGAAGGAAAAAUAGCAUCAGUUAUUUCUCUCACAACGAAUCUCAUAAAAAAUCGAUUCAACUAAAUUCCCUGAACUUAGAGGAGGACCGAAAUGAAGACCCGGACCUAUUUAAUGAGAUGACCAGCAGGUUCAGUACAAGACAAGGUGGAUUUAGAAAGAACUAUAAAGAGAGAUCCACCAAACCUCUAAGCUAUAUUAAAGAUGGAGAGAGGCUCCUCAAUCUUAAAUUUUAUUAA